AACAAAUUAAAUCAAAUAUUUCCACUUAUGUUAAAAUACCCCUUUUAUUCAUUCCCUGCAGGACACAUGCAUUUGAUUUGCUUUCAAACUCUGUUUUAGGUUCUACCCCCACACGAGGUAACUUUCUGAGGCGUGUCAUUUUUUGCAGUGUAUCUGCUUUACGCACACGAUUGUCUGCAAUUUGACUUGAGUUUAAAAAGCGCAGCAGCGGCAGCCACAAGUCAGAGCACAGCGGGAUCCUCUGUGUGUGCGUCAGGUAGCUCCUUAAACGGAUCGGAGAGGCACUUCUCGGCCCCUCUGGCACUGAAUCCGCUAGGGCGCACAGAGGGGCAGUGCCAUGCACACUCCUGCUUAUGCGUUGCUUCUAAGCGGAGGGAACCGGUCUCUGGUUUUCACUCCCACUAACGACCUAACGAUGGGGGCGCUUGGGAACAACACAGUCCAUCCAAAUGGUUCCGAUCCAUUUGCGAGAAACGAGGAGGUGGCCCAAAUGGAGAUCAUGGUCUUAAGCAUCACCUUCGUGGUUGCAGUGAUUGGAAAUGUGAGCGUCCUCUUGGCGAUGUACAACACCAAGAAGAAGAUGUCGCGGAUGCACCUCUUCAUCAAGCACCUGAGCCUGGCGGACCUGGUGGUCGCCUUCUUCCAGGUACUGCCGCAACUCUGCUGGGACAUCACCUACCGCUUCUACGGUCCAGACUUUCUCUGCAGGAUAGUGAAGCACCUCCAGGUGAUGGGGAUGUUUGCCUCCACCUACAUGAUGGUGAUGAUGACCCUGGACCGUUAUAUUGCCAUCUGCCACCCCCUGAAAACUCUCCAGCAGCCCACCCAGCGCUCCUACAUCAUGAUCGUCUCAACGUGGAUGUGCAGCCUGGUCCUCAGUACACCGCAGUACUUCAUCUUCUCCCUGAGCGAGGUGAAGAACGGCUCGGGCACCUACGACUGUUGGGCGAACUUCAUCGAGCCCUGGGGCACCAAGGUGUACAUCACCUGGAUCACUGGCGGCAUCUUCCUCGUGCCAGUGGUCAUUCUUGGGAUGUGCUACGGGUUCAUCUGCCACAAUAUCUGGAAAAACAUCAAAUACAAGAAAAGGAAGACGACGGCAGGUUCUGCGGGCAAGAGCGGGCUGAUUGGGAAGAAUUCAGUCAGCAGCGUCACAACCAUCUCCAGAGCGAAGCUGAGGACCGUUAAAAUGACUUUUGUGAUCGUCCUGGCGUACAUCAUUUGCUGGGCACCGUUUUUCACAGUGCAGAUGUGGUCAGUGUGGGACGAAGACUUCCAAUAUGCUGAUUCUGAGAACACAGCAGUGACUCUGUCUGCACUCCUCGCCAGCCUCAACAGCUGCUGUAACCCGUGGAUAUACAUGAUCUUCAGUGGUCACCUCCUCCAGGAUUUUUUGCACUGCUUCUCUGGCUGUCACAAAACAAACAUGGACUUCAAGAAGGAGGACUCAGACAGCAGCAUCCGCAGGACCACGCUGCUGACUAAGAUGACCAACCGCAGCCCCACAGGCAGCAGUGGCAACUGGAGGGAGCUGGACAACUCACUCAAGUCCUCCAUUCAGACGGAGUAAACACACACAGCAGGCAACUCUGUUUACAGGGGUAAUAGGGAUGGACAUGUGUCUGGCAAGAACACCGCGGUACACAAACAGAAUCAGCUCCUCUCAGCUUUGUCCAUGACCGGCCAUUGGCUGAUAAUAUGUGCUUCACACUCUAAACCAAUCAAGACUUGAAAGAGAUACAGAUAAUUACAAAAUCCAUGUUAUUUUUACUUGUAUUCAUAUCUCAUAUCUUUCUUGGGACACUGGUGAUCUGUGCUGCCAUCGAAGAACCUUUCCUGUUAAGCUGUUUGCAAAGGUGAUCUGUAUGGUCCAAUGGUCUGUAGUGGUGUAAACAACUCUUCUGUACCACUGGUCUCUGUAAAACUGGGGCGCCUCAUCCAUUGUGUGUGAACAUCUGAGAAAUGCUCCGACAUUUGAGUCUUACAUCUGCAUCCUACUUAUUUGCAGAAGUUGUUUUUUUUGUUGUUUUUUCUUCAUGUUAAAGUACACAGCCCUGGCUCUCAUGGCUGCUCAGCAGAUGGAAAAUAGCAGGACAUCCACCUAUUAGACAGACACUCGAUCACACACUCGGCGCUGCUGCGCGAUUGGUCACAGUUCUGCCUACUGACCCAAAAGACACUCCCAUUGCUUUCACAAAAUGUGCAGAAGAAAACAUUCCACGAACUCUACGUCAGCACACUUCCCAACUUUUUUUUUUUUUUGUUAAACAUCCUGCA